AUGCCAGAAGAACAGCUCGAGGCGCCGAGUCACGAAGCCGCCAUCCAGCGCAACCCCCACGCCGACUUCGGGGCGGUCGAGAGGGCACGCCCUCCCUUCGACCAUAGAUCCCAGAUGACCUUCACCAAGACACCAAAUCCGGACUGGAAGGCCGGUAGUGGUGCAUCGAACGAGGAAUGGAAGGAGCACGAGUAUGUGACGAUUGACCCCUACGAAGAGGGCCGCGGACCAUGGCUCAACUACAAGCUCUUGGUUUCGGCUACAGUGCCGCGCCCGAUCGCCUUGGCCAGUACCGUGUCGGCUGAUGGCAAGACGGCGAAUUUGGCGCCGUUUUCAUUCUGCCAGUGCGCAGCUGUCGAUCCUCCCAUGUACUCCAUCUCCUUCACCAGCAGAACGGCCAACGAUACCCUAACCAACCUGCUGGCGACCAAGGAGAUGUGCAUUUCCAUGACGACCGAGUCCAUUGUAGAAGCCGCCAACUUUGCUUCCGUCAAUUCGCCGCGGCAUAUCUCGGAAUGGCCGCUGUCAGGGCUGACCCCAAAGGCCAGCGACCUGGUCAAGCCUGCCCAUGUCGCGGAAUCCCCGUACUCGGUAGAGUCAAGACGGAUCCCUCCGUGCGAACAUCCACCAUGGUGA